AUGGAGAAGACAUGCAAUUGUCAGACAGCAGGGAAACAGUCAUAUUCCAUGAAAGGGGUUUCAUGGAGAAAGACAAAGGAAGUGCCAGAGGCAGAUAAGCUAAGCAGUUUGAGAGUCUAUACAGUGGAAGCCUUAUGGCCCAUCAAUGGAUGCUCAGAACAUGGAAGUGAGAUUAUUCUUCAAAAUUAUCCUUCAGGCCUGGUGCAUCAAUAUAGGAAUUUCCGGGAUUAUUUGGAGCAGCAGGUGCCAGAGUACCAAGGGAGGACAGAAUUCCUGAAGGAGAAUAUUACCAAAGGUCAUGUUGCCUUAAGGAUCCAUCCCAUCCAACCUUCCAAUGGUGGGGAUUAUACAAAUUUCUUUGAAAGCUCCACUUUCUACAAUGAAGCAAAAUUCAAAUUAUUGGUCACAGUUCCAGGUACAGCUCCUCAUAUUCAUCUACAGCCUGGCAGUAAGAGGGACAUUAAAUUGACCUGCAGAUCCAUGGGGUGGUUUCCAGAGCCUGAAGUACAAUGGAGGGACUUUCAAGGAUUGCGCUUGGCACCAGCCUCUGAGACAAAGAGAAUAGAAGAAAAUGGGCUGUUUCAUGUGGAAUCAUCUAUCACAGUGAAUACAAGUUCAAGAGCAGAUGUGUCCUGUGUUAUAAGGAACCUAAUACUCAGUGUGGAGAAGGAGGUGCAUAUCUCCAUGACAGAUGACUUGUUCCCCAAGGACUGUCCUUGGGCAGUGGGGUUUGCCCUUCCGCUGUCUUUCUUGGCCAUUGGUAUAACAGCCUGUGUUCUACUUCUGUGUUCCAAAAAAGCAAAAGGUGUUGUGCUGGAAGCUGAGCUAUCCCAGCCUGAUGCCAAGGCCGAGGCUGUGGACGGAUUGAUGACUGCAAGGCGGCCCCCGGACAGUGAAGCUUCUUACAUGUUGUUAGGAAGAAGAGAAUAUAAUACUGCCCGGAGUCAGAUGUAUUUAGACAAGGAUGUUCUUGCAGAAGUAAACUCCUGUGCAGUCAAUGCUUGGAAGUCCUUGCCAGUCACUGCUUAA